CCCUACUUGUGUCGAAUGGUUCGCUCCUAUACUUCAGGUGAGUAUAUAAUAUACCAGAGUUCCACAGAACGCCAGACGCUUUCGUCUUAGUCCCACAUCAUGUGAACACUACCCUUUAAUCCAUGGUAUCUUCCAGUCUGACGAGAAGGCUUCAUCAUGUAUUUAACCGUGGACUACACAGCGCAAUCCAGGAGAGCGUCCAGGCCCUAAACCGAUAAGAGAGAAGCCCCAGACAGCUGCUGUCCGUGGGGCACAGGCUGUUGAUGACCAGAAUGUGGUUCCUGCUGCUGGUGGUCACCGCGUGCUGUUCUCAUGCUGUCAUCUGCUGCUCUUACUCUGCAGGGACGUCUAAAAACAAUGUUGAAGCCUGUCUUCCCUGCGGGAACCUGACCGAGUGCGUGCCGCGGAGUAAACACUGCGAUAACAGGACGGACUGCAGUAACGGCGCAGACGAGGAGAACUGUGGUGAUAACAAAGGCAUUCCGGAUUCCCUGGAAAGUAUACCUUUGGUAUUACGUCCGUUCGCUAUCCCAAAACAUUGUGAACUUCAGGAAGUUCCCAGUAUGUGCUCCUGUAGUCACUUAACGAGGAUCAGGUGUGGCGGGAUAGGGCUGACCGACAUACCCGCCAACAUUUCCGUACAGGUUACCAGGCUAAACCUGGAGAUGAAUCUUAUCCGUGUGGUUGAAGUGGACGCAUUUGUUGGACUUCACAACCUGACAAAACUGUAUCUGGACCACAACCAGCUGCAAACGUUGGAGCCUGGUGUCUUCAGCGAUCUCUCCAAUUUGGAGUGGCUAUAUUUGAACAAUAACCAACUUCGAGUUCUCAAUGCCCAGGCGUUUUACGGACUCCAUAGUCUGACAUGGUUGGAGCUGAGAUGGAAUCGCAUCCAUACAGUGGUCGGAGAGGGCAUUUGGGACAACAUGCCUAUGCUGGGAAUUUUAGACCUGGAAAGCAACCUUCUAAGCUCUCUAGAGAUGUUCAGAGGAUAUCGAAACUUUGCUGCGACACUAUUCGUGAGGAACAACUCGAUCGAGGUCAUUAAUGACCUUGCCCUGGCUGAGCUCACGCAGCUCCACGGACUCGACCUGUCAGAAAACAAGAUCGCGAAGUUCCCAAACGGAGUCUUCAGAAAUCUGUCAGCCUUAGACUUGCUGAACAUAUCCUUCAACCCACUACAAGUUCUGCAGUGGAACCUAUUUGACGGACUUGAAAAGCUCGGAUCUUUAGAUCUGAGGGGAAUCGUGGCCCACAAUAUGUCAUUUCGCCUGUUCCGGCCACUGCGCAAGUUAGAGCACAUAUACUUCAGCGAGUUCCGUUACUGCGGGUUCGCCCCACGCGUACGCAGAUGCACACCCAACACGGACGGCAUCUCAACGUUUGAGAACCUCCUGGCAAACUUCGUACUGCGCAUGUCAGUUUGGGUGGUCGCCAUAGUAACCUGCGUCGGCAACACGAGCGUGAUGAUUGGACGAUCCAUCAUGAAGCAUGAGAACAAAGUUCACUCUCUCUUCAUCAGGAACCUGUGUGCCUCUGAUCUGAUCAUGGGCAUGUAUUUGCUCGUCAUUGGAACGAAAGACUACAUGUACCGCAACGCCUACAACGAACACUCGCAGCAAUGGAAGGAGAGUCUCGGCUGCCAGGUCACCGGCUUUCUGGGCAUGCUGUCCGCUGAGGUGACCGUGCUGCUCCUGACGUACAUGUCCGUGGAGAGAUUCCUCUGUGUGGUGUUCCCUUACCGUGACAGCAGACCGAACGUCGGACAAGCAACCGUGAUACUGGUCAUCAUCUGGCUGAGCGGCGCGGCGUUGUCCAUGGCGCCCGUGAUGUCACCGGGGUACUUCGGCAACUUCUACGGCAGCAACGGCGUGUGCUUCCCGCUCCACCUACACGACCCGCACGGUGCCGGCUGGGAGUACAGCGCCUUUGUGUUCAUGGGCCUCAACUUCGUGUCGAUGAUCAUCAUCCUGUGCGCCUACGCCGGUAUGUUCAUCUCCAUCCAGCGUACACGCCGCUCUAUCGGCUCCCCGCUGUCCCUCCUCAGCGACAUGUCAUUCUCCAAGAGGUUCUUCUUCAUCGUGCUCACGGACUCCCUGGUCUGGCUGCCCAUCACCAUCAUCAAGUUCGCGGCUCUGCUGGGGGUGCCGAUUUCAGGUUCCAUGUACGCUUGGAUCGUGAUCUUCAUCCUGCCGAUCAACAGCGCCAUCAACCCCAUCCUGUACUCCCUCACCACACGGACCUUCACCAACAUGCUCGGCAACCUGGUGGAGAAGAGCCCCUGCUGCGCGAGAAAAAUAAAGUCUGGAAGACUGCGGCAACAGAAGGAAGAAGCAUUUUCUGGUGCCACUUACACCACCGGCGUGGCGUCUGUUCUUCGACCAGUGAAAUGUUUCAAAGUGAAGCGGUCAUCAGAGACAGAGUUUUCCAUGUCAACCGUCUCCACACCGAUCUGCUCCGAGAACACGACCAAGGCCUUCGUCAGCACCAUAGAGAUCCCGGAUGUGGUACACAGAAGCUCCACCCUCAACAGCGUGCCCGAAGUCCCGUCUCUGGAAAUCUCCGGCAAAGAAUCCGAGACAGAUUUGGACGAGUCUUAGGAUAUAGGGGACUGAUGAUAUAUUCGAUUAUUUAUAUACAGUUCAUGAAAUGACGUGGUAAUCUGUUCACCCAUGUUGAAAAAUGUUGUACCAAUUUAAAGUUGAUGUCGAUACAUUGUUUCUGAACACAGUGAUGGUGGUACGUAUUUGAUCUGUAUUAACGCCACAGUACUUUACCAUGUGAUAAAAAUUACAGUCAGUUGCUCUCGUCUGUUAAAAGUUGUAAAAAUCACAAAGACGCAGUGUAAAUACCUUUUGGGAUGUAAAUUAGCAAGGGUUGAGUAUGGUAUGUGUACUGUGGAUUCUGUGUCCAGUGCGUAUAACCUUCAGGCACAAUGUGAUCAUAAUGAGUAAUACUGAAAUGUUCGCCGUGGAUUUAUGUUCGCGGUUUUGGCGUUGGCCAUUUCACAGCGAAUUUAAAACCACCGCGAACAUUUUUCCAGGGCAUUAAGAUACUACAGUGCAUGGCGCUACCGCGAAAUUAAAACCACCGCGAAAAGUCCUUUUUCCCGCUACCUCGAAAUUAAAUCCCCGCGAACUUAAAUACAUUUACAGUAGUACCGUUUCUGUAUUCAUCAUACAAAGUGUCAAUGUGACAUAUGUUUCAGGGCAACGGCCACACUACGUACUACAUACAUACAACUUGUUAGACAUUAGGAGCCAUGCUAUUUGCAACAGACGUUGAAUUGUUUCAAUGAAAGUCUAGACACUGUGAGAUUCAAAAUCCGAACUAACGUGACGUACUGGGAUGGCAUAACAGAGCUGGUCCUGGUUUUGCCAUAUUGAAUUUUCCAGCAUCAGAUCAUCAAUACCUUUUCCGUCUACAGGAAGGAAGAAGUAAUAAAUCUUGUAUUUGAUGUAUUUUCCAGUAAUAAUGUAUCUGUGCUUGUUUUGUAAAAAAUGGACCAUUGGUUACGUACAUACGGACUGAGGUAAACUUUGUUUAUGGAAUAUAGGGCAUUAACUCCGAUGUACAUGUGUUCAUAGGAUGCGAGGUUUACCUGAAAGGCUGCUAGGGUGGUAAUGUACAUCUUACAAUUAUGUAUUUAAUUGGGAAUUCACUUCUAAUCAAGCCUCCUUCAUGUGUAAGUACAAGUAAUAAAGGUCUUCCCCUGACAAUAAAAUUGAUUUCCCCGCCAACUCCACGGCGUUAGAGUCAUAAAUCGUUUCCUUGUUGCUUCUCAUUGCAAUGACAUAUUCUGGGCCAAUC